GGAAAAUUCAAGUGCUUGCGGAACGUUGAGGAUUGUGAUAAAUUUAGACAGGAACAAAAUAUUCAUUUAACUAUCUCAACCUCCAAUACUAUAAAUAACACAGCACAAGAAACCUUCAGUUUGUUAUUUAUACUAUAUGAGGUCUAAAAAUUGAUUUUGGGUUAACAACUCAGAGCGUUAUCCAUUUAAAGCUUCUUUUGGUUCAAAAUGCCGGCAAAAUUAAUUCGUUCGAUAAAUCAGUAUUUAUAUCCUCAAGAUGAGAUAUUCAUACUGAUAAGACCUAUUAUUACACUAAUUAAUAAUACUGUAGGAGUAGCUGCUUUAGCUAUGCCAUUUUGUUUUCAUCAGUGUGGUAUUUUAUUAUCAUUUUUGUUUCUUGGAAUUACUGCUGCAUUUUCAAUAAUGUCAUGCGAUGCUUUAAUUGAUAUCUGUUCUACUCACCGAGUCCUUCCAUUUGAACAUGCUUGCUUUAAAGCAUUAGGACAUAUGGGAAAAAGUUUAGCUGAAUUAAGUGUUAUUUGUCUGUUGUUUGGUUACGUUGUAGGAUAUUAUGUUACUAUUGCAGACCUGAGCACUGGUGUUGUUUCACAAAUCGCUGUAACUAUGCCAACUCAUCAGCUUCGAUUUAUUCUACUAGUGACGUUUACAGUUACUUUAGUACCGCUUUGUUUAGUUUCAAAAGUUCAAAGUUUACUUCGAUUGAAUGUAUUUACAAGUCUAUUUUAUGGUGUAGUUACUUUUCAUAUGAUUUUUAUACUUGGUCUACCUCGAUUAAUUUCCAAUAUGCCUUGGGAAGAAAUGAAUUGGUGGAAACCAGCUGGUCUGAUUGAAUGUAUUCCUAUAUUUUUAGCUUCAAUGUUCUGUCAAACACAAUUACAUAUCACAUCAUCUAAAUCUUUUCAGCCAACAUUAUCAAAUAUGCGAUUGAUAGUUCGUGUUGCAUUGAUUACAGUGGCUAUAGUUUAUGGAUUUUUUGGUUUCUUUGGCUACGUAGCAUUUAUUAGUUCGAAAAGGACAAUAUUUUCCGGUAACGUCUUUCUAAUGUAUCCAGAUGAUUUACGUAGUUUCUGUAUACGUGUUGGAUUUCUACUAACCAACAUUGUCUCUAUACCGCUGAUUAUUUACCCAUUACGUCAAACUGUAUACAAUUUAUUAUGUCAAAAAGUAAGUCGGUGUAUUUAAUUCAUCCUAUCCAUUUUAUUACUCCCCUAACAACACUAAUUAGUCGUAUUAUAUUGAACGAGAACACAGGUGGGGACAACCAAAUGUAUUUUAAUAUAACAUUACAGAAUACCUUGGUAAAAUCUGAGAACCAUACAGUAAAUACUUCAUUCGUAAAAUAUCCAUCAAUUGUCUCCGGUUUUGUUGUUCCUUCGUUUCUAUAACAAUCACUCUCUGUUCUCGUUCUCUUCGAUUUUAUUAAUCUUCUGCCGCCAGAAAUUCCACUCUCGAUUGGUGAUGCCUACUACUUAUAUCUGUCGACAUCAGCAGCAUACACCACAGUAUAUGUACGUAUGUCUGUAUAUGCUCUGACUGUACUGGUAUCGACCUUUUAUUUGUGUAAUUAGAAAGACUUUCAUAAGAUAGAUGACUGUCAAGUUAUUGACUGACUUGAAUUUCAACUAUUCUAUUUAAAAUAAUAGGGUACCGUUUUGGGUGUAGUAACCAAUUGUAGGUCAAUGUACUUGUUAUGUGUGCUGCCUAUAUUGUCGGAUAUAACUAGUAUGUAGUCGCAAUCGGAAGUGGAAUGCCUAACAGCAAAAGAGAAAUAACAGAAAUGAAAUCGGAGAGGAAUCAAAAUAAUAAUAGAAUUAGACGAAUAAUGGGGUAUUAGGUAAAGGACAACGCAAAGAAGCUGUACAAAUAAUAUAUUGAAUGUAUGAUUUUCAUAUUUUACUAAGACGCUGUUUAAUUUUGUAUUAAACAAUAUAUUGGUUAUUCCUACCAAGUCUUCGUUCACUACAUACUAAUCUUCAAACCGUAUUUUAAUUAUUAGAAAUAAAGAUACUACAACUGUAUAUUUACUCAAACCAAAGUGAAAAAUGUGCACAGUUCAAAUGUGUAAGCUAAUGUCGUAAUGUUUUUUAGAGAUGUGGUAUCAUUUCAACUUGAUUCAAUAAAGCAGUCAAUGUGGAAAUGAAAUGGUUUUUUACGUUAGCUGGUUGGCAGUAGUCAGUCGGCAGACGAUUCUGCUUAGUCUAGGCUUUUUACUGGUUGUCACUCAUCAGUAAAGGAUGUCUAGAAUUUCAAGAAAUAUUGAAUCUCAUAAAAGAGCACCAGUUUCCCUCAAAAUUUCAACUGUAUCUUGUUGUCAAGUAUAUCAACUAACAAGAAACACAAGUGUAGAGUCGGCUAACAAAUAAACCGAUUGUACUUAAUUUCAAGUCAUUAGUGAUUACAUCAAAUAGAACUCAAUCAUUGCUAAGGUCUGAACAGACAUAAUAUUCAUCACUACUCAGUGAUCACUCAAUUAAAAUGAAAUCUUUUGUGUCACAUAUACCAUUGAAAACGUACACCUUAAUUGAAUAUUGUUCGUUAAUAUUUCAGUCAGUCAUAGACAACGUAGAAAACUCAGCAUAAAUUUGUAUUGAUUCAAAUUGCUACACUUAAUGUCAGCACAGUAAGAAAAAUGUAGUAAUGAUAAGAAGCAUCAGUUAACAAAAAUGUUGCGCAAGAUCAUGGAUCGAUUGUGAGUUCAAUCCGUGUCAGAUGGAGACAGUUAUCCACCUCAGAAAAUGAUGAAGGGUUAUGCAAGAUCAUGGAUCGAUUGAUAAUACUUCUAAGUUUUCAAUAAUGGUCUUUUUUUAGAUCGACUCAUGAAUUUGACUAGUAAAAAAUAAGCGUUAAGAGAAGAUUCAGUUACUAAGUCUUAAGCAUCAGUAAUAGUUACAUAACAACACAAAGAUAACUUAAAAUUAUGUAAAAUAAAAUUCUAAAAAGUACAAUAUACAAAUGAGAUUCGAAGAGAGAAGGAAAAAACUAAACCUAGAGUGUUGAGGAAAAGUAGAUCAAAUUGGGAAUUGAUAAUAAUGGCAAUAAUAACGACCCUCCCCGACGCCAUGCUGCUGCCGAGAUUGGGGUGAGUCAGCUCUCCCUCUCGAAAUGCUUUCACAUGACCACACGUAUAUACUCACUGCCUUCUCGCGGUGAGGGUUUUGUUUACACCGUCCAGACUGGGUUGGUGGAAAUGGAGAACCCAUGUAAUGGAGUUAGAAAAUUCUGAUUCCACAUCAAUGGUGCACAUGGACUCCAAGGUCUUGAAAGAACAAAUGGCGUAUAAACCAAUUGUCGGUCACCGGAUACCAUGGAACCGUAUCUGUUUACGUUGCUCGAUUGCCUUUGUAGAUUGGGCCUCUAUGUGGAGUGUUGGCUGAGUGGCCCGUUCUAAGAAAACCACCCUUAUUCGGUUUGUACAUCAGAACAGUAUCCUAUCCCACACAUAAAUUGAAUGAUUUGUCUAGGUCAUAUAUAUUGAUACCCGUUUGUACCAAUGUUAAUGUUUUUGAAUAAAUAAUCACUUUUUUUCAAUGUGACACGUUUAGUGUAAUAAUAUUGAGAUUUUUGGGAUAAAAUAUAUUUCAACACAUUCUUCUUAGUCUCUUACAUCACUAUAUUAUAUGUGUAUACAUAAAUGCUGUAACUAAGUGAAUUCAAUUCACUUUAAUAGUUUCGUUAACCUAUUGAUUUGAUAUUUUGUAGGAACCAAUCACAAUGACCGCAAUAAUGACAUUCUCAUUCUCUUCUUUUAGUUUCUAUCUUCUUUUCAGUGUUCAUUUUUCAUUAGUACUACAAUAAAAUAUCAAUAUCAUUCUGUUUGUUUGUUUUUUGUUUUCAAAUCAUACCCCCCCACACACACACACACAUGCUCCAUUGUCCACUUGUUUUCAUUGUCAUUAAUGUCUAUGAACUUUGAUAAAUUCUUAUAACUUGUUUGUUAUAUAGUACAAAAUAUUUUAGAUGGCGAGACUGUAAUUGAUGGAUGACCUAAUUAGAUUUAAGAUAACAAGUCUUGAAUUUUUGAUGUGAAAUCCCUUCAUUCAUUUAUAUGGUUAAAUAAUAUCAGGAUAUUAUAACUGUAUUCAGUUCAUGAUGAAAAACCCUUUUUUAUAUUUUUAUUUGAACACAGAUAUUGGUACAAGGAGGCAUCAAAUACAUAUGCGCCACACAAAUCUCAUUUGAUAUGUGUGAGGGCUGUGAUACUGCCUGGGUGCCCAAACUUUUAACCUUUACUCUUAAUACUACUUUUCCUCACACUCAUUUAUAACCCUAUUUAGUAAGCGGACAUUUUCAAGAUCACUUAAGCAUUGCUCAAAGAUCGUUCAAUAAAUGAUAGUCUCAUCUUCUAGAGGUUUUUAUACUGUUAUUUACAUGCAUUAACUCUAAUGUAUAUAGUAAGCCAAUCAGAAAUGACCUAGAGUACAAAUGUAUAUCAUUGACUAGAAAAUGAACUGAUUGAAAUGUACGAAGUUGUGCCACCGUACACCAUUGUCUUCAGUGAGUUUAUAUCUCACAACAGACCUGGUUCAACUCCACUGGUAACGGCUUCUCACUAGAAAUCCAGGAGUAUCUCUUGAAGUCAAUCACUUGUGAGCAGAUGAUUAUUAUCAGAAGGGGUUUUGUGGAGAUUUUAGAAAUUUCAAUGAUUGAAAUCAUGAGUCAAUUGAAGCUAGACAAGUGACUUGUAUAUCAUGUCUCCAACUAUAGGGAGAUAAUUAUCUCGCCAAGAAAUUGAUCACAUCAAUUUAAUUCACAUUAUAAUUUUAAUAGUUCAAUUCACGAGUCGAUCUAAUUUAGACCACCAUUGAAAACGUGGAAGCACUGGACAGCCGGUUCGUUCCAGCAUGGGACUCUUCAACUGUGCUUGUUCAUUAUCACGCACAUGGGAUUCGAAUCCAGGACCUUCAGUGGUGGUUUAACUUAGAUCGACUCAUAAAUUCAAUUGUUAAAAUUACUACGAUCUCCACAAACACCCAUUCUCAUCAUACUAUAAUUGUUAAUAAUUUCACAUUGUCAAUGAAAGUAUACGUAACAUAUGUCCUAGUCAUUUCAAAUGAUAAAAGUCCACAACUUCACCUACCAACAUGUCAUUUUCACAUUGUACUCUACUUCUGUACUAACCUCAAUGUUGUUCAGCUAUACACAAGCAAUACUUCGAUGGAGUUUGAUAAUCGACUAUUUUAAUAUUUAAUGUAUAAAAUUAUAGCAGUUAUCUUUACAUCCUGAUAGAUUAGUAUCUUUAGUAUCUCACUAGGUUUUAAUCAGUUAAUUGUGUUUAAUUACCGAGUAUAGGUUCAUAUACUCAGUAUUACUAGGCUGCAUUGCUUGUAUGAGAGCUAACGGUGAUACCUUACACAGUUGCGCAAACCGAAGUAAAAUUACGUGAAUUUCAAACUCGUAAUCUAAUGGUUUAAAUCUGGACGCUUUAACUACUAAGUAAUUACGCUACAAAAAUUGAAAACUACCGAUCACUAGACGACUAUUUCAUGGUAAUAUGAAACUUUUCGACGUUGGAUACAUAGCCAGGAACCAUCCAUCAAACUCAAAAGUCGUAGGACCUCCACGAACUUGUAAUUUACGCGUGUCUCUUACUCUUUAUGGUCACGUCUCGCAGCCGUAAAGUAGAACAAAACGAACUGCCGCGAGGUAUACUCAUCUCUGAAUUGAUAGACGGAUAUCUCACCUUCACCAUAGGUGAUGUGAGUUAGCGAAAGCCAAACGAUCUUUCUGAAUCUGUGUAGUGAUUUUGUCAGACAUCAACCCAUUAGGGUUGUCGAAGAUAAGUGAAGUUGCCGACGCAUUCGACUACUUCUUUCAUUAUCCUUAGUUGACGUAGGCCAGUCCUGAAGCAACAAUUUACAUUUAGAGGGAGAGAAAUUCAUCUCAAACAUCCAGGCAUUGUUACUUAGUGUCACUGAUAAGCUCAACCUAUCUUUCUCUCUAAAAACAAACAGUGUUAUUCUACGAUUUUAUCGUAUUAAUGAUUAAUAUUUUACAAACAAUAAAAAGUCUUUUAUUUCUUAGGAAUUUUUAUGGAAAAUCCGUUUUCUUUUCUCUCCCAAAGAGAUUAACUUCAUUUGGUGUGGAUUUGGAAAUCGAUUCAACUCCUAUGAUUUCUGAAGAAGUUCCAAAAAGAUUUAUUCAAAAAAUCACUAUCUCAUUACUACUUGUCUCGUUUCUUCUCAGUUUAACUACGGAUAAAAUUGAAGUAAUCAUUCGAUAUACAACUAGUGUAGCUGGUUCAUUGACUGGUUUCAUUUUACCAGCAUUGGUACUUAUUGUCGCCACAAUAAAAAAUGGUAAUCAUCAUCAUCAUCAUCCUCAUUACAAUGGUAGUAGUAGUAGUAGUAGUAGUCAUAAUAGUAUUUCACGUUUUUUACAAAUUUAUCGUAAUCAUUCAAUUAGUGCUUAUUGUCUACUAUUAGUUGGUUGCCUUCUAUUCUCAUUAGAAUUUUUCACAGUCCAUCAUACAAAUAAUGGUAAUACGAAUUCAGUGAAUAAUUUAAAUGGAAUUAAUAAGAAUAAUCUUCAAUUAUUAUCAAGAGAUCAUAUUGUUGAUACUACUACUAGAAGUAGUAGUAGUAGUACUACUACUACUAAAACUGUUACAUCUCUUCAAUCGAAUAUUGUUAAAGUAAAUUUGAAUGCUCAACAACCAAUUUUAAAUUUUACAAUGAAAAAUCCCCCUGAACCAAUUGAUCUAACAAAAAUUCAAUCACAAAUGAAUGUUAAUAAUAAGUUAACUAAUAUUUCACCAUUGAUUAAACAACAUAAUCAACAAACUAAACCAAUUACUAUUAUAAAUAAAACUAUUUUGAAAAAUUUUAAAAAAUCACGAUAACAACAUCAUCACCGACGUUGUUGUUAUCGUCGUCGUUCAACGCGAAAUUGAUCAAAUUCACAUGAAAUCUUAGUUUCUUUUUUUUUUGAAAAAAUCUAAAGUAACGCUGUGACUGGUAAAAAAAGAAAGAAAGAAAGAAGGAGAACCGUCCAUAGAAUUGAAAUCAUCAUGUAACAGUGUUGUGUACAUACGAAUUGGAUUCAUUUUAAUUUUGUGUGGUUAAAAUCAUCGUCACAUGUGUAUACCUUAUUAUUUUAUUGUUCUGUGAUAUGCUUCUUUUUUUGUACAAUUUCUUACAUUAUGUCCCCAUUCAUGAUACACAAUACAUAUGUGAUAUUUAAGAAGGGAUCAAUAGUCAUAAUUUUGUGUUAUUUACUCUUGCCUUUCAUUGUAUUGUUUGUUUAUGUUGAGUAUGGGGACUGGGUUCUCUAUACAUACGAAACACCAUUUCUUCUUUCGAUGGUUGUGAUUUUCUUUUACUUCUUGUUGAUUUGUCAACAUACUUGUUAAUGUAUCAUCUUUUCAUAUGAUUAUUAUCUCUGUUGUUACUUACUUACGCCUGUUACUCCUCGUUAAGGAGCAUAGGCCGCUCACCAGCGUUCUCCAUCCAACCCUGUCCUGAGCAAUCCUUUCCAGUUGUUAUUCAUCUUUUUCAUAUCUGCUUCUACUUCCCGACGUAAUGUGUUCUUUGGAUUUCCUCUUUUCCGUUUCCCUUCAGGAUUUUAAGUUAGGGCUUGCUUCGUGAUGUAGUUUGAUGAUUUGCGUAAGGUAUGUUUGUUGUAGGUAGAUUAUUUAAAUCAGUAUUACAAUUGCAUAUGUAUCUAUGUAAUUACCAUUUGCUUACAAUGCUUUAUACCACUUACCAUCGAUAUAUUCAAUGUUUCAGUUUGUUUGUUCUUUUAUAGGAGAAGCUCUUUUGUAUAUGUAUGUAUGUAUUUGCACUGUUCCAUUUGUUCAAUGAUCAAUAACAAGCUGUAAUCGAUCUUUCAACUAUCAUCUGUGUAUAUGUAAUAUCCCUCCUUAUGGUUUAUUUAAAUCCAUAAUGAAAGUUUGUUUAAUAUGUUUUGAUUCACAUAAUUUUUUCUAAAUACUUUUGUAAUUUAAAUAAACAUGCCGGAGACUUUUUUAGCGAGUUAGUUUUCUACGGGAUGGGAUUGCUAACCCCAUGCCCAACCCUUCUCCUUUACCCGGGCUUGGGUUCGGUAGUAACUUUAGAACAGCUACAGGCGGAGUUAUAGAAUAAUGUAGUAAAAAGAUAUUUCCAGUGUAAGAGAUUACUGAAUUUCUUGUAGCAUAAUUCACGAACUGAUCUUAAUUAAAAAACCAUUGAAAGAA